GUCGAGGGGCGUCGACGCGGGAGCCCGCAGUCAUGCUGAGAUCCUCAGCGGAGUCAGUGGACACACGUCGCGAAGGUUUUCAUCGUUGCGAGGAAAAAUCGGACCGUGACAAUUUGUCCAAAAAACUUAUGUUGGCGAUAAAGCGCGACAACAAUUCAAAAUUCGGCUGUGAAUACGAAACUAGAUGAUUAUAACGAUGCGCCAAUCGACGCGAUAACAAUAUCUGUAGUUUUAUGAGGAUACUGAAAUAUAUUUUUCAUACGAGUACCUAUACUAUACGUUUUAGUGAAGUGUUUUAUACUUGCUUGUGCUUUUAGAUACGACUAAUUAGUGAUUAGUAACGAUUCUACUCCGUUGGUGGUUGAACAGUGGAUUACCCUACUUCAGCAAGCCCGUCACAAACUUGAAGAGUGAUGGCAACCCUCUGAAGUAUCGCAAGGCGACGUGACAAUCUUCGGUGGUGACCUUGGGACUGUCAGCGUCGACGACGACGCGUUCAGUGGCGACGUUUGCAGCGGGUGUUGCCCGCCGCGUGGAUGGUGGCGGGCGAAUGGGGCUAUGCGCCGGCGUCGGCCACCCCCGCCAUGAACGCCUUCCUCGAGACCAACCACGCGCACCUCGCCUCCUAUGGGUUGAAAAUGUCACCGCAGCCGGGGUGUGGCGUCGACGGCCAGCACCGUGUCGCCGCGCCGCAUCCGCCUCCACCGCACCAUCCGCCACACUAUCAGCCGUAUCCCCUACACUCGUACCAAACGGGAUACUUGCGAGAGUACGGAGGCUGCGGCGAGCUGUUUCCUCAGCAGCCACUGGAGCAGAGCUGGGACUGGCGCGGCGACGUCCACUAUCAGGGCGGUGCACCUCCGCUCGUCCCACACGCGCACGCCCACGCACCACACGCGUUCCUUCGAUAUGUGCGAGCACCACCGCGGCGUGACAUGCGCUGUCAGUGGCUCGACCCGGAACAACCGCCACCGCGGAAAAUGUGCAACAAACUAUUCUCGAGUAUGCACGAGAUCGUGACGCAUUUGACUGUAGAACAUGUAGGCGGACCAGAGUGUACGACGCACGCGUGCUUUUGGCAGGGAUGUUCACGAAACGGCCGGCCGUUUAAAGCGAAAUACAAAUUAGUGAAUCAUAUUCGCGUGCACACCGGUGAGAAGCCGUUUCCCUGUCCGUUCCCUGGAUGUGGCAAAGUGUUCGCGCGAUCAGAAAACCUCAAGAUACACAAGCGGACACAUACUGGUGAGAAGCCAUUCAAAUGCGAGUACGCUGGCUGCGACCGAAGAUUUGCAAACUCGUCAGAUAGAAAGAAACAUUCGCAUGUCCACACGUCGGACAAACCUUACAACUGCCGCGUCCAUGGCUGCGACAAGUCGUACACGCACCCUUCAUCUCUACGGAAGCAUAUGAAGGUGCACGGAGCCGCUGGGGAUGCGUCGCCACGCUACGACAGUGACGGCGAUGACUCCUCAUCAGCCGGCAGCGUCAGUGUUACAGCCGGCGCGGCAAGCCCCGCUGCACCCCUCCCACCACCCCUUCCGCCAGCCCCGACCCAUCACCCACACCACCAUCCUUCCAUAGCCGAUAAAUUAGAAAGCCUAAACGAAAAAUACCUCAACCCUCAUGACCAAAAACCAUAUGAACGUCCACCAGCACCUCCACAUCAACAUCAACCUCCCCAUUUAACAAAUAUAGGUGGGAACGGUGUUAUGGAUAAUAAAAUAGGCUUUGGCGGUCACUGGAGUCAGUUCCAGCAGCCGGCGGCUACGAUGCCUCACGGUGUGCCUGAGUGGUGGUGUCCCACGCAAGAGUCGUACCACCACCACCAUUUGAUGCAUCACUCGGGCGCGGCUGCCGCUUACUGACCGCACCGCGCUUAGAGAACUCUUCAUUCAACGAUUAGUUAACAUAAGAACCAAUACAAAUUCCUAAUAGUCAUUUGUAAGUAGAUAGGUUUACAAUACAUUUAUUCAUUAUUUUUUGCAGUGUGAGAAUGAAAUUAGCGUGGAAUGAAAAGUUUUUUAAGCGCAGAUUGAGUGUUUGUGGGAGUACAAUUACAGAAUAUUAUAAUAAUACUGGUUCGUAGUACAAUACGCUUAUUAAUUAGUUGAUUAACAUAGUCUGACCAGUAAAUCAUGAGAUGCCGUCCGAUGUUUCACUAAAUCCAGCCACUCAUUGUUAAUAUUUAUAAAGAAAUCUAAAAGUGUAAACAGUAAAGUGGAAAUAUAUAGGUAAUUGUCACAAAAUUACUUUGAGCAGCGGAAUUUGAGACAACUGGUUGUAAACAAUGACCGCUAUUUGAUUGUAUUACAUUUACAACAUGUCAUAUUUUAGUAAACAAAGUGUCUUCGUAACGUUUGUCUGUUAGAAACUUUUGUAUGGUCACCUUUGGGGACUAAAAUUACAAUACAGCAAAGAUUUUUGUCAACAUCAUUGUUGACAGAGAUUUAUUGUAUUUUUUGUAUGCACCUUGUUGCAAAUGGCAUUUUGUAAAAUAAAAUUACUACAUUUUUUUAAUUUAUAGUAUACGACCUACAAAGUAGCAAGGAAUUUUAAUUAUAAUCUACAACUUGAUAGCUAAUUACUAGUAGUUACAUUGUUUUAUCACCACUACAUUAUAGUGAAUAUUUGACAACCUGUACCUUACAUAAAAUUAUAUUGAGCAUCAUGGCCAAAGUACCGAAGUCUUAUAAAACUACGAUUUAUUAGGUUGUAAAAAUCAUGUAAAGUAACCUUAAGUUUAAUAAUGUGUAAAGACAUUAAAUUGUAAGGGAAAUGCCCAGUGAUAAUAGGAAUAAGGGAUUCAUUUUAUUGUAAAUUAAAUGUAGUUGCUAUUUAAUUGUGCUACCUAUUUCUGAAUUGUAUGACUAUAA